CUGUAUAUAUAAACUCAAAACCCAUUUCUACUGACUACUGUACACCCAGCUUCUUCUUUAUUUUCUUCCCCGCAACUCCACUCUGAAGAAUCUCUAAGUGCGAUGGCACUUGUUAAAGAAAUCAUGGGUCGUUCCAUGAUUGAGAAACCCCCAUUUCUUCCUUCAAACACUCUUAAAAAGAUCCAUCAUAACCAUAAUCUAUUGUCAGUGAACCCAGUUUCUGUCCCAAGGAGGAUCCCGGUAGUGAAGGCUGCGAUCAGUGAGGAUUUGGCCAAAUUUGUGAAAGCAGAGAAGCCGGUUACGUUCAAGGCGAGAGCUGUAUUAACUGUUCGGAACAAACACCAGGAAGAUUUCAAAGAGACAAUUGUAAAGAAAAUCGACGCUUUUACCGAUCAGAUCGGAAGAAAUGUUGUCCUGGAGCUUUACAGCACUGAUAUUGACCCAAAAACAAGGGCUCCAAAGAAAAGCAAAGAAGCUGUAUUGAAAGAUUGGUCACAGAAAUCAAAUCUCAAAUCUGAAAAAGUUAAUUACACAUCUGAUUUAUUGGUGGAUUCUGAUUUCGGAAUCCCGGGAGCAAUUACCAUCACUAAUAAGCAUCAAAAAGAGUUUUACUUGGAGAGUAUCACCAUUGAAGGAUUUGCAUGUGGCCCUGUUUAUUUUCCUUGCAAUUCUUGGGUUCAAUCCACCAAUGAUCAUCCUAAUCCCAGAGUUUUCUUCUCUAAUCAGCCAUAUCUUCCCGAUGAAACUCCAGCCGGGCUAAAACUAUUAAGAGAGAAAGAGCUUCGAGAUUUAAGGGGUGAUGGAAAAGGAGUCAGAAAGUUAUCAGACCGGGUUUAUGACUAUGAUGUUUACAACGAUCUUGGAAAUCCGGACCGGGGAAACGACUUUAUCAGGCCGUUACUCGGCGGCGAAAAGAUCCCAUAUCCACGGCGGUGUCGCACCGGCCGAUUACCUACCGACACCGAUAUUUUAGCUGAGAGUCGAGUGGAAAAGCCGUUUCCGUUGUACGUUCCAAGAGACGAACAAUUUGAAGAAUCAAAGCAAAACGCAUUCUCGACAGGGCGGCUGAAGGCGGUGCUCCACAACCUGUUGCCAUCAAUGGUGGCCAGCAUUUCAAAAAAACACGACUUCAAGGGUUUCUCACAGAUCGAGAGUCUUUACAGUGAAGGACUCCCUCUGAAACUAGGUCUUCAAGAUGAUCUCUUGAAGAAGCUCCGGUUGCCUAAUUUAGUCACCAGACUCCAUGAAUCUAGCCAGGGCGGCGGCCUUCUCAAAUACGACACCCCAAAAAUUCUUUCCAAGGACAAGUUUUCAUGGUUACGUGAUUAUGAGUUUGGCCGGCAAGCACUCGCCGGGGUCAACCCGGUUAACAUAGAGAAGUUAAAAGUUUUCCCACCAGUGAGUCAACUCGACCCGGAAAUCUACGGUCAACAAGAGUCCGCUCUCAAAGAAGAACACAUUUCGGGCUAUCUUAAUGGGAUGUCCGUACAACAGGCUAUGGAGGAAAAUAAGCUAUUCAUAAUAGAUUACCAUGACACAUAUUUACCAUUUCUUGACCAUAUAAACUCGCUAGAUGGGCGUAAAGCAUACGCGACUCGCACCAUAUUUUACUUGACCCAAUCGGGCACAUUAAAGCCUGUGGGAAUCGAGCUCAGCUUGCCACGGGCUUUACCCGGUUCGCGGUCAAAACAGGUCGUCACACCACCCGUAGAUGCCACAAGCAACUGGACAUGGCAGCUCGCGAAAGCCCAUGUUUGCUCUAACGAUGCUGGGGUCCACCAGCUUGCCAACCACUGGCUACGGACACAUGCGGCCAUGGAACCGUUUAUAUUGUCAGCACAUAGACAAUUGAGUGCUAUGCACCCGAUAUUUAAGCUUUUGGACCCGCAUAUGAGAUACACGCUUGAGAUCAACGCCUUGGCCCGCCAGAAUUUGAUCAAUGCGGAUGGUGUCAUAGAGCAGUGUUUUACCCCGGGCCGCUAUUGUAUGGAAAUAAGUGCUGCGGCGUAUAAGCAUUGGCGCUUCGAUCUAGAAGACCUCCCGUCUGAUCUCAUUAGAAGGGGUAUGGCGGUUUCGGAUCCAAGUCAACGACACGGGCUGAAGCUUUUAAUCGAAGACUACCCGUAUGCUAAUGACGGGCUUUUGAUAUGGGAAGCAAUACAAAAAUGGGUACAUACUUACGUAACACGAUACUACUCGGACCCGUCACUUGUCUGCAACGACAGAGAGCUACAAGCGUGGUACGCAGAGUCAAUCAACGUGGGCCACGCGGACCUCCGCCACGAAAACUGGUGGCCGGAGUUGGCCACCGGAGAUGACCUGACCGCCAUCUUGACCACCAUCAUCUGGCUAGCUUCCGCCCAACACGCGGCACUUAACUUCGGGCAGUAUCCUUACGGUGGCUACGUACCGAAUCGGCCGCCAUUAAUGAGGCGUUUGAUUCCAGACGAACAUGACCCUGCGUACAUGAGCUUUUUAGAUGAUCCGCAAAAAUUUUUCCUAUCGGCUUUACCGAGUAUGUUACAGUCAACAAAGUACAUGGCUGUGGUGGAUACAUUGUCGACUCAUUCGCCUGAUGAGGAGUAUAUUGGUGAGAGACAACAGAGGUAUACUUGGACUGGAGAUGAGGAGAUGGUGGAAGCUUUUGACGGGUUUUCAACCGAGAUUCAAAGGAUUGAGAAGGAGAUUGAGAGAAGAAACCGGGACACAUGUUUGAAAAACCGGUGUGGUGCGGGGGUUUUGCCAUAUGAGCUUCUGGCACCGGGCUCCCAGCCCGGUGUGACUUGCCGUGGGGUUCCAAACAGUGUGUCUAUAUGAAAAAAAUAGUAGACUGUGUUAGUUAUAUGGUUUAGAGGUACAAAAAGUAUGUAAGUGAGCCCUUCGUAUAAAAAAUGUAGGAUUUAGUUUUUUGUCACGUUAAGUUUCAUUUCAAGUAAACAAAAGCCGGAUGUGGGUUUUAACUUUUAAGGCCUACAUACUGGAUAAUUGGAUCGACUGAGUCAAACUCGAGGUCGGGUGGUUCGUUAGUAUAGGUUUUGGUUGGUAUGUGUUUUGUCGAUACUCUAUACCUAUAAGUGGGAUUAGAUAUUUGAGCAGUGAUAUAAACGUGAGUGAUGUUGUUUUGGAGGACAGCUUUUGCUUUAAUAAUUAAACGUACGAAUUCUCAAC